CUAAAGCUCUGAUAGUAAAUGAUAACAUCAAUUUGAAUCAGCUGGCUGCAAGAAUCAACCGCACGGACCAGCAUCGUGGUAGAAAGGAAAAAACUUCCUCAGUCCGGAGUGAAGUUAUUGCGGAUUCCGGUUAGGCGACUUUUUAUUUGUUGAAAGAACUAAAUAUUUGCUCUCAGAAGCAAUUUUGUUUUUGAUCGAUGACAUCUGCAACUUCGACGAUAAUUUUAGUUCCAUAAUGAAUUAUAAAAAAUAUAAGCUUUGAAUCUUAGCAAGAUUUUUUUUCGUUUGUGAUCUGUUUUCGAACUAGAAAUGGAAGUUUCUUGGAAUAAAGAAUUAAUUUUCAAAGUGGAAUAACUGAACUGUUAGUAACUGAAGUACAAACGCUGACUAUUAAAAGCUUUCUGCAAUGACAAACGAAAAAUUUGCUAUCAAUGUGGACUAAUUAACUUACAGUCAUCAAGCUGGCUUCACGUUUCCUUCUGCGUCCAGUCUGCGGAUUGCAGGAUAGAGACUGGGAGCGACUCAAUUACUGUCACCACCACGCUCUUGGGCCUCCAACCGGCCCUGGACACCUAGUUGACUCUUGCGGAGACGGCAAACCAUCUGACCUGAUGAUUGUCAGUCAUAUGGCCGACUCAGCGUCGGCCCUGGCCGCUGCGUCUCAGUUACCAACCAUGGCAGGAAUGAUCCCCACUCCCACGGCGUGUUCGACAGCUGUAAACCCAUCAAGUCCAAGUACUAUGUUGCCAUCUUUUGGAUUCACACAAGAACAAGUGGCUUGUGUCUGUGAAGUUCUUCAACAGUCUGGAAAUAUUGAAAGGUUGGGACGAUUUCUGUGGUCCUUGCCAGCUUGUGAGCAUCUCCAGAAGAAUGAAAGUGUCCUGAAAGCAAAAGCCCUGGUGGCCUUUCACCGAGGGAACUUUAAGGAGCUCUACAGGAUUCUGGAAAGUCACAAUUUCUCACCGGCUUCCCAUCCCAAAUUGCAAGCUCUUUGGCUGAAGGCUCAUUACAUUGAAGCCGAGAGACUAAGGGGUAGGCCUCUUGGGGCAGUAGGAAAAUAUCGAAUUCGAAGAAAAUUUCCACUUCCCAGGACAAUAUGGGAUGGCGAAGAGACUAGUUAUUGUUUCAAAGAGAAAUCCCGGAACAUUUUGAGGGAAUGGUAUGCUCAUAAUCCAUACCCGUCACCUCGGGAAAAACGGGAGCUGGCUGAGGCCACUGGACUGACCACAACUCAAGUUAGCAAUUGGUUCAAAAAUCGGAGGCAACGGGACAGGGCAGCUGAAGCCAAAGACAGGGAACCAGGAGAUAAACCAAAGACUCCAAAUUCAACUGGUAGCACAAAGCAAGACGCAAGCAGUCCAUCAGACAGCAAAAACGACCGCCGCCCGAGCUCAUCUGAUAAUCACCACAGUGGUCAACAUCACUCUUUAAAUCUGGAUUCGGACAAUGCUCCCCUCGGAUGCUGUAGUAGUGAUAGCUCAAAUGGCAUGUUUGGAAGUGGAGGGUCUGAAAUCACUAAACUCAGUCCCACGCAUCCAGCAUUUGUCACCGCAGGGCCGACGUCAGGAGCCGGCAUCGGCCCAACAGCGGGUGGAGGACAUUCGGCCGCGGCUUUAGCGGCAGCAGCAGCGGCUGGUUUCCGCUUUGGUCCAAUGGGAGACCUAUCGGUGGCUCUGCCGAACAAUCUCAUCUCCAACCACCUCAACGAUCUAAGUUUAGGCCUAACAACUGGGGGUGGAGACUACCAUCAGUCGUUAUGACAACAAACCCCCGGCGGGGGGACGAGUGCGUUGGCUGCCCAUCAUCAAGUGACCAACGCAGUGACCACCGCCGGUAAUGGGGCUGCAAACCCGAUGUGCGUGAUAGUGACCAGUGAAGGACUCUUGCCCUAUAGAAACUCUCUAGUUACACAGCCUAGUUUGGUCAUGCCAAAAUACAGUGAAACGCCCCCCUUUUUAUCGAACUACUUAUGAAAAUUCUAUUGUUGUAACGGGGAUACAGUUACGGGCUGUUGAUUAAUCGACUUUUACAUACUGGUGAUGAUGUUUUUAGAGUAUUUUUAAUAUAUUUAUUUCUGAAUCAGUUCUUAUAUUGUCUAAAAUGUGGACUAUUGCUGAUUAUACCUAUUAAUAUAAUAAUGUCUAAAAUAUAAUAGGGAUUGUUGCGCAAUUGAAACUUAAAUGUCGUUUAUCUUCUUUUUAAUUUAAAUAUUUAUUACUUUUUUUCUUUUUUUAGUUUGGAUUAGAAUGUUAUUGUAAUUUAAAAUUAAGUUUAUUUUAAAUAAUAUUCGGUUGAAGGUUGUGAUCAUUUAGGAAACUGUUAAAAUUAUGUUACUUUUUUUUUCUCUCCCUAAACUUGGUCCAUUUCACAAAACUCUCUGCUGACUUAGUAAAAAUCACUGCGGAGUUGAACAAUAAAUUUAGCAUUUUGAAGCAUAUUAUCACUCAGAUUUGAUGCAAAAUAAAAGGAUCUGCAGAUCAACAAUAGAUUAAUUUAGCAUUUAUUAAACAAACAACAACAACAACAAAAAAGAAAUAGCCGCAUAUGGUUUUGUAAUAAUAUUGACAAUUUGCUGUAACGUUAAUAAGUAUUCAAAUUGAACCACAUGAACCAUCGAUCAAAUGGACCUAUGAAACAUAUUCAAAUAUAAUGAAAUUCUAAUGAAUUCCAGAAUUUUUUUUUAGUUUGGAUAAGAAUCUUCGUGGUUUUAGCUAUUUUUAUUUAAAACCAAGUUUACUUAAAGUAAUAUUCGGUUGGUUGAAGGUUGUGAAUAAUUAGAAAAACUCAUUCAUAAAUAAUUUUAUCCCCCUUUUUUUUUCUUUACCUGCAUGAUCUAACGAAACUAGACACUGACUCACUUUAAGUAAAUAUCACUGCAUAGUUGAACCAAAAAUUUAGUUUUUUUAAGCUUAUUAUUAAUUAGAUUUGCUGCAAGGUGAUAGGAUCUGUAAGUUAAGAAUGGUUCAAUUUAGCAUUUAUUAAACAACAAAAAUAUUAAUAAAAGAUUUUUUAAUAAUAUUGAUAAUUUACUGUAACAUUAAUAAGAAUUUAAAUUGGACCGAAUAAACCAUCAAAUGAUAUGAACAAAAUCAUAUGAAUUUACUAAAUCGUUCAAAUGAAACUCUAAAAUCGUAUAAUCAAGUUUAAGAUAUGUUAUCUUGUCAAGCAACGCGUCAACAAAGCAUCAAAUAUGCUUGCAUCAAAUAUGCAUUUAUGCUUUUCAGAAUGUCAAAUAGCAGCAAAUUUGUAAAUUUACUCGGUAUUAUGGUCCAAUGUACAAUAAUAAUUACUUUUUCAUGCAUCUCUUCUUUUACAUUUUAGGAGUAUUAUUUAAUAGAAAUAAUUUAUCUGAGAAUUAAUUCAUGAAUAUUUAAAAAAUAAGGAAUUAAUCUUAGAAUGAACUGAUCUGA